ACCGAAAUGGAGCUUGCAGCUCGAUGAGAUCUGACUUUGCUUAACUUCUACUAGAGGUGAGAAAAUUAGUAUGAUUGGCAGCCGAUCUAUUUUAUUUUUGCAGAAAGUAGCAAGCAAAUCAAAAUGUGCACAUCCAGUGGCAUAGUUUUAUCUUUCAUUUCUUGAAACUUCGUUUAAAGAAUCCCGCAGUGCAGGGGGCGUAUCAACCGGAUCUAAAUACCAACGCUAUUGAAGAUACCUAGACUAUUAAGGAUGCCUAAUUGCAUGCCAAAGGCUUUCAGGGCUGACUUCAUGCAAUACAGUCUUCAAGCUUGCAGGUUGUCUAUACUGGUAACAUACCUGAGGCUGAUAGAGGGGGCAAUUAAGGGGAUAGGGGUUGGGACCGGAGGGGGGGGUCUCCCAUAUGAAAGUGACGGGUAUGCUGGUCGGAAAAUUCAAAUUAAACCCUCAAGGGAGACCAAUGUGGGUGUGGCUCAAGCUUAAACUAAAGGAGAUUUCUGUGUGUCAUCAGUCACAGGAAAAAAUAACGGAUUCCCAUUUUUGAAUAUUUUAGGGUAUUUAAAGAAUACCCACAAAAAUCCCAAAUUUGGAAGAGUGAGACAAGUCCCAAUCAGGGAACUUGGUUGGGAAUUCCCUGGUUGGGACUUGUCUCACUUUGCCAAAUUUGGGAUUUUUAUGGGUAUUCUUUAAAUACCCUAAAAUAUCCAAAAAUGGGAAUCCGUUAUUUUUUCCUGUGAGUGUCAGGGCUUUUUUUAUGUACAGUACUAGCUAAGCGAUACCUGAAUACCUGACAAGCAUCCCCGUCACUUUUAUGUGGGAGUUCCCCCCCUGGGGGUUGGGAUUAAUAGGGUAGGUAGGGUAUUGACUUCAUUCUAUCCGCCUUCCCUGCACCUCUAAGCUAAAUAUGAGGUACUCCUAGAUCUACAGGUGAGGUACCCCAAUGUGUGAGGUAGUGUAUACCAACACCCUGUUACUAGCUUCAAAAGGUGUCUGCUUUAAAAAAAAAAAUUUUAAAGUAAAUGAUCUGAAGUUCAAGGUGAAUACUUGCUCAGCCACGAUGCCUCCACAGCAAGUGCAUGUAUAUUUUUAUCGGUAAAGCACUCACCUCAGAAGGGUGCAACAAAAUUGUCCUCCGAUAGUCCAGGAUGCCUAUUGAUUAGUAGGCCUGCUUGAUUGCUUUAGGCAAAUUAUUUUCUAAAUUUUCAUCUUACCCUGAUCAAUCUCUAACCCCGACAGUCAAAAAUACUUUCAAAUUUCCUGCAAGGUAAAUUAUUGCCCGAUAAAAGGGAAUCCAAGCCAGUUUUGAAUCCAUAUUCCAGGUACUGGAUUCCAGUAUUUAUCAGUGGAACUUGGUUUCUGGCCAUGGAUUCCAAUUGUUAGUGGGAUUCCAGAUUCCUUGAGCUGUAUAUUUCUGGAUUCCAAUACUCAGGAUUCUGGAUUCCAUAAGCAAAAUAUCCUGGGAUUACAGAAUCCAGAAGCAAAAAUUUCCCGGAUUCCCUUGCGUGGGGUAAAAAAUUAAAUGAGUUGAACACUGUGAAGUAGGAAGCUACAGUGUAGUAUUAAUUAAUGAAUUAUAGUAAUUUUGUGUUUCUCUUAUCAGAAGUAAUAGAAACAGGUCAUAUUUAAGAAAAACCUGGAAAUGAUUGUGAUCUGAAGUAAAAGGUAGAGGGAACGAGAGAGUGUUUUCAAUAACACAGUGCUUGUGCAGUGUCGCAUGUGCUUAUAUCUGCACAGUUAUAAAUGGAAGACCCAGUCAGCUUGCGACAGAGUCAUCAGCAAUCUACAACUUCAUGGAGAAAAAAUCCUCACAGACUGCUGACUGUGGAAGUUGUCAUAUUUCUCUACAUCACUGGUAUAUUACUAGAAAUACCAGUCAUUCAACAGUAUCUAUAUUAUAAAGCCAGACAAGAACUGAAAAUAAAUGAGACAGAGGGAAAUGAUACUGUCUGCAAUCCAUAUUACAAGAACAGCUCAGAAUACAGGUAAAUACUGUCAUUUUUUCAGAAUGAUUUGAUUGUACAGUCGAACACCGCUUUACAGACACCUGCUUAAUAUGGACACCACACUAUUAUGGACAGUUUGAUUGGUCCCUGAAGAAAGCCCUUUCAACCUGCUUAAUUAUGGACAUCUGUUAAUGCAGACAACUGACACUUAUUUCUUACCCAAUCAAGAGAUUCUCAUAGAAAGCCAACCUUGCUAAUGCAUACACUUCAUUAUCAACUGUGUACUGUAACAGACCUUUUCUGUUUGAACGUGAAAAGCGUUCAAUCGAUGCUCCCAACACUGCAGUGCACCAGAUAGGGUGAUUUGUAUACAUCAAUUUCAAACUAAUUUUGGGAUCAAAUGAUUCCUGCAGUGAACAGUUUUGAUUAAUAAGUAAUAUAAUUUAAUAGAUGAGUGAUUUUUGAGUGUUUCUGUUGUUGUUUUUUAUGACCCCUUCAUUGUCUAAUGAGGCCCUGCCAGUUUCUUCAAAAGGGCAUUGAUAAAUGAGCAGAUCAUCACGUCAUCUUACUUUUAAAUACAACUUGUCAACCACAGUAUGAAUUUUGUUGGGCUAUUUUACAAGGAAGAACUGAGUGAUUAAACAGAUUACCAAAAUUUAAAUUCUUUUGCAGUACAGAUGAAAUGGUACAGAAGAGAGCUUCCCAGUACAUUCUUUUAGUGAACAUAGCUUUGACUGUUCCAGCCAUGUUAACAGCCUGUUUUCUUGGCACUUGGUCUGACGAGAAAGGACGCAAAGGACCCAUGAUUGUAACAUCUAUUGGAAGUUCACUGGCUUCAUUGACUUUUCUAAUUGCCAUUUAUUGGAAUCUUCCUAUUUAUGUUUUCAUGAUUGGUAAGUAAUGUCUUGGUGCAAAAUCUUCCCACACUGAUCUUUCUCAUUUACAAUUUUUAAUAAAGCCAAAAAUCAAUGUUGCUAAAAUUGACUUUCAUCACUGUCAAAAUAAGAGAAAAUUUUUACAUAAUUUUCUUUUUAAUCAAACUUGCAAUGUCAAAUUGGUUUUAUAAAAAGUGCCUUAACUACAUAACAAGAAGUCGAUCAUAAUUUCAAAUCCUCCCCAGAUCAAUAAUCUUGGUUUUAAAAAGGAUCCAUCUGGUUAGAUCAUGCUAGUCUUGUUCUAAGUCCAUUCUUAUGGUCCUAAUCUCCUAGUAUCCAUUAAUGGUAAAGGAUCUUUAAAGACCCCCCCGCCUUAUUCAAUUAAAGAGUAAGGGGAAUCCCCCUGAGGAAGAGGGAACUUUAAGUGGACCUGCGAAGAGAUAGUGUACAGUGUAAGGUUGUUCAACCUGUCUGACCUGAGACAGACCAUUGUAUUUUGUCCAUUGUUCUAUAAAGCAAAGUUUGAUAACAUAAAUCAUACGUAGUCAUAGGAAUUUUAAGUUUUGUAAUCUUUCCUUAGAUUAAUGGAAGGAUCAGUCUAGUGUUUCAAACCCUCAGCAGCCCCCCUGUAAGGCGUAUGUAUAAACCCAUCUCACUCUUCAGGGGAAUCCCCCAUUGUUGAACAGCAAUCAUGGAUGAGUGGGGCAGGGAUCUCACAUGGACCUUUAAUUUGGUUGGCAUCUCUUUGUCCCAGAAAGCUGAAAAUCAAAAUCAAAAUUAUUACGCCCUUAUUGUAAUCCUAUCAAUGCAUAUCAUUCCAUCUUGCAGCAAGUAGCUUGGCAGGACUCGGUGGAUAUUACCCUACCAUGGUCCUAGCCAUCUUAGCAUAUGUGGCCGACACAUCUCAGCCAGACUCCAGAGCAAUGAGGCUUGGUAUUCUAGAAGCCAUUGCUUUUGUUUGCGGAACAGUGGUGUAUUUUAGCAGUGGAGUAUGGAUCAAGAACUAUGGCUAUGAAUCUGUGUAUUUAGUAAUACUGACAGUACAUCUACUUAACCUUGUUUAUGUGGUUAUUUUCCUGCCUGAAUCAUUACCUCCAGAACUGAAAAAGAACUCUGCGGUCUUCUCUGUUAGUAGCGUCAAGAAUAUUGUACUGGUUUACUUCAAGAAGAGACUUGGACGUUGGGUUUUAUUUGUUCUUUUGAUUUGCACAGUUCUUGUGUUCUUAGCCUCAUUUGUGAUACAAACAUUGUUAGUUCUGUAUGGUAAAAGGGCUCCUCUUUGCUGGGAGUCAUCUAUUAUUGGGUACUUUCUUGGAACAUGGCUUUUCUCAAAGGCUAUUGGAGCCGUGGUAGGAAUCUCACUUUGUUCUCGAUUAGGAAUCAGCAAUUUUGGUGCUAUACAACUGGGAGUUUUCUUCCUUAUGGGUAACUUGUUGAUGAUUGGACUUUCUAGAACCACAUUGGAAAUGUUUUUAUGUAAGUUUGAUUUGUUUAAUCUUAUGAGUUUGUCUUUCUUGUACCUAAUAAUUUUUCUUAUUAUUAAGUUUUUUUAUUUUUAUUCCAUCAUGGCUGGUGAUCUUUUUUUUUUCAUUUUUCAAUAUUUGUAAAUAACUAGUUAAAAUUAAAGUUAAAGCUUCUCUUGAUAAAUUGAAAACUGAAUUAAAGUACAUUGCAUGGUCCCAACAAGGAUUAAGUCAAAGAAAAAAAUGGUGUAUUUUUGUUCUAGUGGGUAAAGAUUUCUUUUGUAUAAAAAACAGUUGAGUAUAAAUGGAUGAUUAAUUUAUAAUUGAUUACUGUAACGUCUUUUGACAUUGCAGCCAAUGUCCUCGCAUUCUUUACUGGAGUUCCACAGCCCUGUAUCAGAGCUGAAAUGUCCAGACUAGUGAACAAGGAAGAGCAAGGUAUCAGGCUAAGUUAACUUCGACUAAAGUCUGCGAUUUAUUAUUUGCUUUCUUGACUGACCAUGCAGUUUUGGUUGAAUUUCCUUAACGGGGACACCAACAGAAUUGCUCAUAUAAUUAUUUUUAUUAAAAUUUGUGUGUUUAUUGGUUCAGGCUGUUAGGUUUUUUGGAAUGUAAGAUUUGCCUUAUUUGAGGACAGGGAUUCAGGAUUGCAAAGCAAAAUUAGGAUGAGACUCAGGAUUGAACAUAUGCCCCAGGGAUGUCAGUUAAGAUUUCCGGGUAAAUACAACAAGUAGGUGGGGAAUCAGACAGCUAGGGAUUUCUUUUGAUUGUAUUUUUCUUCUAUUUUCCUUCGACAGUAGCUAUGGGCCACAUUUAUAGUAGCCGGGGAAAACCCCGACCUCUGCCUCUUUAUCACAGCCCUUCACAUGCAUGGGGUGCGGAAUACUGAAAAAAAUAAUCAUAACCUUUAUGGAGGAAGCUUCCGUCACAUGUGGUUUUCAGGGAGGUCCUCAUAUCAGGAUAUUGGGAUUGGGUGAAAAUUUGGGUCUGGAUGAAAUAGCUUGUUUUCAAUCUAGGCCGAGUUCUUUGAAGAACACUACUGCUAUGCUAGGUUAAGUUGCUAUGACAACUCAAUGUUCUUUUGGCAGAUACGCCAGGAUUAGUACAUAUAAUAAUUCAAUUUUAUAAUUUGUUUAAAUCUGAAAACUUUUUUACCAUCUCUUUUUCAGGUGCCCUUUUCGCUAUUCUUGCAUCUCUAGAGAGUCUGUGUAACUUUAGCAGUCAGUUGAUCUUCAACCCUUUGUACACAUGGACUGUGACAGAACUAACUGGAGAAUUUGUUGCUGGAAUAACCUUCUUCAUUAGUGCUGGUCUUCUGCUGAUACCCGUGGUUCUUAUUGGGUAGGUACAGUUAUGUUGGAGUAAGGUCUAGGGCUUUCAAUACGUAUGGACAGCCAACGAAACAAGUCAGUUACUUUGCUCAAAGAAGUAGGCUACUUUUUCUAGAAAGAACUGAGAAGCAACUAGUUUGAAUAACGUCGUAAAUAAAAAAGGAUCAUAAAACUAAUCUGAAUGAACCGGUUUUAUGCUAUGCUUUAGAAAAAUGGUGGAAAUCGCAUUUUAGGGCUUUGAAAUUUCAAAAUAUUCUCUGGAAGCACACCCCCAGACCCCCUAGAAAAUGGGGACUAACAUUCCCUUGUUGAUACAGUCAGAUAGUGAUACUCUUUUCAGACCUGCUGGCUACUUCAAUUUUUAUUGAAACCCCUGAAGGUCUGAUAAUAUAGGUGAAGAGAAUUUUGAUCGUAAUAUCAUAUGUGAUGAAUUACUCCUUAAUUUUGGCGCGGAAUUUCAGCGAUAAUUUGUAAUUUCACAUGUGAAAUUACAAAAUUGCCAUCAUGGCAACUUUCUGUACGUCUCAGUGUCAAGAUGGCGACUAAGUUUUAAAAUGUCAUAAAUGAAGAUGCCAGGGCGUAAAAAGACGCUUUAGAAAACCUGAAAACACGAAAGAGCAUAUCAAGAAGGAUUGUAACAGGUAUUUUGUCAAAAAAUUCUGAACUUAAGCCAAAUUUAAGUUCUAAACGUUCGAAAGAGUGGAGUUUUCGAUUGAUAUGAUCCGGGAUAAACAUGUCAAAAAUCCACAUGAUAUUAAUAGGUAAUCAAACGGCAUACUUGUGAAAUUAGGGAACAAUUUCACUUGCAUUUUGUCCAAAUCCAAACAAUUAGGACGCAUGUAAAAUUAUUCCCUAAUUUCACUCGUCACCAUUUGAUUACACAUACUAAUUUUAUGUUCGAUGUGGUCUGUUUUUUGGUCAGUGAUUUUAUUUUUUUAAAUCAAUUUUUAGGGUAGUCCAGUACCACAGACCUGGCAAACGAAAGGAAUUUUCACCAUUGGUGGACGAUGAAAAUCCUGUUUCAUGA